GUAAUGGUUGCUCCCUAUCAUGCAAUCCACUUGUCAUGCGGCUAAAAGGAUUUCAAGAUACUUUCACACAACAUUAGCAGGCAACUACUGGAAAAGAAUGGCACACUGUUAUGUCCGAUCUAUUCCCGAGGAAGAACGAUUAAAAAUUUCAUUUCAAUAUGGAAUUGAGUCUAAACCUCAGAGGAUGUUCAAUUUCGAGCGUCGAUUUGACGAAACUGUUGGCGAUCUCAUUAAUCGCCUUCAGGCAGGUAUCGAAAAGAAAUGCCUUAAGAAAAAGAAGAAAUCAGCUAGUGGAGCGAAUGAGGAACCACUUCUCCCACCUAUAUCUAUUUCUUUAGACGGAAUCGACUUCAAUAAGGAAGCGAUCAUCAGAGAUUCUAUGGUAAAUGGAAGCGUACUGAAAAUUGCCGAUUGCAAAUUUUCUGUUAUUGUAAACGCACCGACAAUUACGAAAAUAUCUCUUCCUGACUCAACUAUGGCUGACUUUCCUGUAAUUCCAUUGAUUGAUGCAGAAUUUCUUGAUUUAAAUGACUCAGAAUUUAUAUGGAGUAGGUUCAAAGGAAAUGAUACGAACUCGAAUAUACCAAAUUUCAGUGAAUGUGAAGAGGUUAGUCGUUCGUGUGUUUAUAACACAUCUGUUGACGAUAUCGGCUGGACACUCAUGUUGAAGUGUGUUCCUAAAAGAGGAUCAGUAUCAGGGAUAGAAGAGUCUGCGAUAAUGAAGAGUCCAAUAACCCCAGGACCAGGAAUUUGUCCAUUCCAAGCCAGACAUUUAUUUACAGAAUCUGUUACAGAACCACAUUGUAUCCGGGUGAUGAGUUAUAACAUUCUGGCUGACUUCUAUGCUGAUACUGACUACACCAGAGACAUCCUGUACAAUUACUGUGCACCCUAUGCCCUAAAGGGUGACUACCGCCGACCUCUUAUCAUGAAGGAGAUUUAUGGCUAUAACUGUGAUAUAAUGUGUUUACAAGAAGUGGACAGGAAAGGGUUUAAUUCCUAUCUGACAUCAGCACUAGAUUCUAUAGGAUUUACAGGGGUUUCACAGUGGAAAGGUGCUAAUGCUCCAGAAGGGGAGGCAAUCUUCUUCAGGAGAUCUAAAUUCAGCUUCGUAGCAGAACACAACAUUCUCUUGUCAGAACAGCUGAAGAACAACCCUGUGUAUGCUGAUAUGGCAGAAAAAAUCAGUGUAGACAGAGAGUUUACAACUUUGAUGGAGGGUCAUGGAGCUGUACUGCAGGUGUUAGUGGUGAGGAGCAUUGACGACCCAAAUCAGGUUAUAUGUGUGGCCAACACUCACCUGUACUUCCGUGCUGAUGCUGAUAGAGUAAGACUACUGCAGUGUGUUCUUUGUGUCAAACAUCUGGAGCAACUUAAAGCAACAUACAAAGAUCAGGGAAUGGAUUUGGCGAUUAUUUUCUGUGGAGACUUCAACAGCAGACCUGCACGUGGAGUUCAUCAGUUUAUUACCCAAGGUUUUGUACCCAGCGAUCUCUCGGACUGGAACGCUCCAGAUAAAGCAGAAGACGCUCACCUUACCAAUAUGGCGUUUUCUCACAGUCAGUCGCUGAUCAGUGCUUGUGGAUAUCCGAAAUACACAAACUAUGUUGGCAACUUCAAUGAAAUGUUGGAUUACAUUUUCAUAGACAGCAAAAAGUUUAGUGUUGAAAGAGUUGUCCCCCCUCCCGAGCAUGAGGAGGUUGUGUUACACACCGCCUUGCCUAGUGUUGUAUUUCCGUCGGACCAUAUAGCUCAAAUUUGUGAUAUUAAAUGGAUUCAAACUGACCAGGCCAUGAAAGUUGAUUGAAUCACCAUAGAAUCUGAUGUGGAGAAAAUGACCAAGGUCACUCUUCAUUGUAGUUUGCAAAAAACAAUCUUCCACCAAUUUCAACAUUAAAUUUGACCAUUUUUAUGAGUCAUUUGGUAGAAAACUAUUUUUCAGUGUUUGGUUUCAAAGGGAAUUUAAAAAAAAAAUGUUUUUAUAUUAUUAUCAGGUAGAUUAAAAUUUUACACACCAGGUUCAUCUACAGUUGUUCAAAAGGUGAUUAGCUUAAUCUCUUAAUGAAAAUCUCAUUUCUCCUUUUAUGUAUUCUUUGAAAUAGUAGGAGGACACUAAAGAGUGUCAUAUUUUCAGAAAAUUUUGUCGGGUUAGUUUACCAAAAAUGAUAUGUUUUUUCAGGAUUUAAAAUUGUUGUCAAACUGUGAUUUGCCUAAUAAUCUUUUGAAAACUGGGCCCUGAUCUAACAUAAUCUUUAUUAGAUUUGAUAUAUUUGAUAUAAAAAUGAUCAAUUCUACAUCUUUAAGAUUUUGCUUAAUUUCUACAACAUUAUUACUAGAUGGAUGGAUUAACAAUCCAACUUACCUAUAGAAUCUAUUUUAAGAAAAUAUCACCUAGGAUCAGUGAAUUAAAGAUACAGUAUAUAAGUCAGGUUAAAAUCUUGAGUAUGUGAAAAAACUGUCACCAAGAGUUUUCAUGUCCUAAAACAUUUUUUGUGUUAUUUUGCUAUCUGUGAUAAUAUAUUUCAUCUUUCAUAACAAACUUUAGACCUGUUGUUAUUUUCACCCUCUUGAAAUGGAGACUUAAGUAUAAAUGUAAAGAAAGUCUCCCAAUUUUCAUGCCAUUUUGUCGCCAUAUUGAUCUUCAUCACAAGGCUUCCAAUUUGUAAUGAAUUUGAUUUAAAAAUGCUAUUCUUUCAAAAGAACAUAUAGGGCAUUGGGUAGAAAUAAAGCACAUACUUAUUAAAGAAACACUGAGGUUAAAGGGACAUUCCUUCAUUUGAUUAAAGUUUAGGUCAUCAAAAUUAAACUUACUGGAAAAUACAUAUUUUUUCCAAGUAGUAAAAGUUAUAAUCUUUACAUUAAUAAGGCAGUUUUACUCUCAAGAUAAACCAAAGUUCUUCUAGUUUUAAAUUACUGCAAAGACAUACAGAAUUUGUAUACGAUAAACCUUUUUCUCGUACAUUUUGGGGUUAAUUUCAUUACAAGUAGGCACAGACACUCAUUUAAUCAUUGUUCAGACAUAGAUUUUAUCAGUAGAAAUUGUGCAUGUUUCUGACAUCUGAACGAAGGAUUGCCCCUUGAACCUAGGUAAAUGUAAAUAUCACAAUGAAAUCAGGCACUCUUCUGUAUUUCAAACUCAAACUAGUUAUACAUUUGUAUAUUCAUGUCAACCAGAAUUGGCUUUAUUAUUGUGAAAUUAUUUGAUCGAUUCAGUUUCGAUUUACUGAUUUGUCAAUUUUGUAACAAGAGAUUUAACAGAAACUUUAACGACCAUAUUGUCAACACUUGAUGUAAAGAUGAAUUUAUAGGUCUGUUCAUUUGAAAAUUUGGAAAAUAUGUGGAAUUGAAGAGGACCAAUAAAUGGUUUUUAACUCUGA